AUGCGUGGGUCUUUCGCUCUUUCUUUCCUUUCUGCGGCGCUGGGCGCCUCUGCUGCUCUUACCGAGUCCAAUCUCAAAACCCACGUUGACGUGCUGGCACUCGGCAGCUCCUUUAAUCCCGUCAAGGCUGCCUACUGGACUGGCUAUCCUCACCACCGUCGUACCCCCUUUGCUGUCUCCCCUGAUGGAUCGACCGCUUAUCUCGCCUACCUGGACUCCAGCGGGACUGACGUCCACGUCGAGCAGCUCGACCCUACCACCUUUGAGGCCACGGGCACCACUGUGACCGUCAGCGGUGGUCAAGAAGCUGGUGGUCUCAUCGCCCAUAACGAUGGUUUCGCUCUGUUGACCAACGAGGCCAUGCCCUCCGGCACCACCAAUGCUCCCCCGAGUGACACCCCCGUCCCCGUCCUCCACCGCUACACCAACGGCGAGCAGACCUGGAAGACCUGGCUGGGUGGUCCGGACGUGCACGCCUCCGACGGUCUUUCCGCUGCCCCUGACAUGAACGGUGACCUGGUCUACUCCGAGAGUGCCGGUCUCUAUGGUGCCUACUUCGUCGUUACCGACUACUCCGGUGAUGCUUCCGGCCACUACGGAGACAGCAUCGAAUAUGUUGCCGACAACGGUACCCUCGUCACCAUCGCUGGCGCCUCCAGCUCCUGGGGCUGCAGUCACAACACCGGUAUUGCCUUUGAGGCCGCCGACGAGCCUCCCUACGCCAGUAUCUGUGCCGAGGAUCAGGGUGCCAUCUGGCUGAACACCAAGACCCAGGGCAUGACCAACGAUGGCGUCAAGAUCUCCAACGAGAACACCACCAACGGUGCCUCGGGUGAACCCAUGGGCGGCAUGUCCGGCAGUUACAGCGGCCUGGCCCGUUUCGCCGACAGCGCCCGCUACAUCUUUGCCUGGGUGUCCCGUGGCGCCAUCGACGUGACCGAGAACACCUGGAUGGGUGACGGCUACACCCACGUCAGCAACCGCACCAACCCCCGCAACGUCGCCCUCGCCCUGUUCAGCGACAAGUACACCAAGGUCGGUGCCCAGGCCACCUCGACUGUCGGCGCCGAGGAUGGCGACAGCCAAAUCACUUGGGUGACCUCGGGAUCCAACGACUGCUCCAACGCCCACGUCGCCACCUUCGGCAACAGCUCCGCCCUGAUCACCUGGGAAGAGAUCUCCGACCCGAUCUGCGACUACCUCGCCAUGGGCUGCCGCGGUGAAUUCGCCGGCACCUACUUCCAGCAGGUCGACGCCGAGGGCAACAAGGUCGGCGACGCCUUCAAGAGCACCGACAUCUACGUCUCGGGUGACAUGGUUACCAUGUCGGAUGGUCGCAUCUGCUGGCCCUACGUCAGCAUGGAAUGGGAUCUCUCCCAGGCUGUCUACGGCGACGACAGCUCCGAAUACACCAAGAAGAUGAGCUUUGCUUGCAUGAGCCCUAACGGUAGCUCCAACACCACUACUACUACCACCAAGACCAGCAGCUCUGCCUCUGUUGCCGUGGCCACCUCCGCUGCCGCUGUGACUCACGUUGCCGCCAGCGUGUCCGCCAGCGCUUCCGCCCAAUCUGUCAAGACCACCCAUUCAGCUGAAGCUGUUUCCAUCUCAUCGGCUGCCGCCAUCUCUUUCUCCUCCGCUGAGACCAUUGUCUCCUCGGCCGCUGCUCAAACCAGCGUAGUCGGCGUUGCCCCCCAGGCCACCUCCGCCCUUUUCACCCCCAAGGCUCCCAACUCGGUCACCGGAGGCAUCCAUCCUACGACUCUUCAGACUCAAGUCCAGGCCCAGACCCCUGGUGCUAAGGCCUUCCCUACCUGGGGUGGAAAGCAGGCUGCCAACCCCGGCGGCGACGGUGAUGAUUUGCCCGAGGGAUACUGCUACUUCUGA